AUGGCACUCAUGUGGACUAAUGUGAUUUUUGAAUCUAACUCAGAUCUCUACAAAAUCAAAUGGGAAGUGUUGGCUUUCCGAGCUGGAUGGGUUUUAACGGUGCAGCUUCCACUGCUUUACGCCACAGCUCUCAAGGUCAACCCUAUCACUAUUCUAACGGGCAUUUCGUACGAAAGAAUAAACUGGCUUCACCGAUGGAUCGCCCGAUUUAUGGUAAUAACCCUGUUCUUACACGCGUUCUUCUUCCUCUACGAGUGGGGCCUAACAAACAGCAUAAUGAGCCAAUUCAGGGUCCUACCCAUGGCUCUCUGGGGUUUGUCUGCCUGGGGAACCAUGAUACUGAUGGUCUUGGGCGGCUGGCGAUAUAUCCGCUCUCGAUUUUACGAAGCCUGGAUUAUUAGCCAUAUUCUCAGUGCUUAUGUCGCACUCGCAUUAACUUACACCCAUACACGCUGCACUACAUAUUUUGUUUUCAUCUCCUUGGCGCUUCUCCUGUUUGAUGCUACAGGUAGGACAAUUUUAUGGCUAAGAAACAAUGUCUGCUAUCCAAUAGCUUCAGGAAGUGAGUCUAAACUCGGACAUAUCGCGCAUUUGCAAGCACUGGAUGAGGAGUACGUCAAGGUCGAGCUUCGCAACACUUCUCUUCGGUGGAAACCCGGACAGCAUAUCAUGCUGCAAGCUCCGCAGGUGUCCUUCUCUCAAUCACACCCAUUCACCAUCAGCAGUCUUUGUGAUGGUCAAAGGAAAGCUGUUUUAGUGAUCAAAAAACACGCAGGCUUUACACACAGGCUAGGCGCUCGAGUUUCUAAAAAUGCAACGCGUCCACUUCAAGUGUACGUAUCUGGGCCGUUCGGCAACGCCCCAUCCUUAGCGACAGAAGAUACUGUCGUCUUUAUCUCGACGGGAAAUCGCGCAUCGUAUACAUACGCUCUGCUUCUAGAUCUCCUGUCGAGUUCAAAAAUCACGCAGACAAUUCAUUUCCAUCACAUUGUCCGGAACCGACGCAUACUCUCCUUCUUUCAAGACCAAAUCGAUGAUUCUGCACGAGCUGCCACUCAAGUUGGAGUUCAAUUGCUUUUCAAUUUCCACAUUACCUCCGCCGUACAUCAUCACGCCGAAGAGUCUGAUGCUGACACUAGUCUGACACUCUUCGAUAUUGGGGAAGGCAGCUCGACCGGCUCAUCGCGCGCUCAAAGCAUCGAACUGGCAAAAUUUCGACCUAGUGGCUCAAGUUUAAUGCUGUCGCAAGCAGAGAAAGAACCUCCGGACAUUGGUGACCAAUAUCAGACUCAAGAACCUUUUCAUCAUGGAACGGAGGAGGAGGCUGCCACGCUUCUCGGAGUGGAGAAAGCGCAUGCUCUUGACGAAGAGGGUCGGAUUUCAAAUGGACCUGAAUUCGUAAAGUACAAGUAUUGCGAUGGUCGGCAGUCUGCUGAUGUGAUGUUAAGGCCUGCAGUUGUAGAUGCAGUUGGAGACGUUGCGGUGGUGGGGGCUGUGCCAUCACAACUAGCAGCAGAGAUGAGCCAAGUGGUCUCGCGCAUGUCAAAGGAAUUAGGUCUGGCAAGUGGGAAGUCAUCUGUCCGGAGUCUGCGGCUUUGGUUGGAAAGCUAUGGAUGA